AUGGCACAAGCUGUUUUUGACGAGUGCAAGGAGGGAGAUAAACCACUCUUCCAGGUAGAGAGCGAUUGGCAGAGCUGGCCUGAGGCGGCGCAGGAAAAUGACGUUUUGAGCUGGUUUGCCCCACUUACAGAGCGGUUGUUGGGCCUUGCAGAUGGGUGUCAGUCGGUAUCUAGGAUACGCCGGCGAACACUAGCACAGCCGCAUCAGCCUCUACAAGGCUCCACUGCCGAUCGCAAGUUGGACAUUGGCUUUGUGGACGAUCCGAACGCCGGCGUGAACUCGAAAUAUCAAUGGUCACAUAUCCUUGUACCCGGAGAGCUCAAGAGCAGCCCGUCAGCCGACAAAGCGUCCAAGGCGUGA